GUUAUCUAUCUGACGACCAGAAGCACCACGUUCUCCCUCUCUUUGCUCCCGAAGCCAAAACCUCUCCCCCCGAACUUCCCCUCGAUCUCUCUUUCUUGUCCGUUGAAGGAUCGCGGAUCCCCAGCUCUGCCACACCUUCUUCUCUACGUUCUCGGCCCUAUCAAACCCUAGAUUUCUAGGGUUUUUGGCUUCUUGAUCCGCGAGGAUUUGCCCGCAGCCCUGCGUUUCGGAGGCCGAGAUGCCUCUCAGACUAGAAAUUAAGAGGAAACUCGCUCAAAGGUCAGAAAGAGUAAAAUCUGUGGAUCUGCAUCCAACAGAGCCAUGGAUUCUCGCAAGUCUUUAUUCUGGAAGUGUCAGCAUCUGGAACUACCAAACACAGGCUAUGGUGAACUCUUUUGACUUGACUGCAUCACCUGUGCGGUCAGCAAAAUUUAUAGCACGCAAACAGUGGGUUGUUGCUGGAGCAGAUGAUAUGUUCAUUCGGGUGUACAAUUAUAAUACGAUGGACAAGGUCAAAGUCUUUGAAGCACACGCAGACUUCAUUAGGUGUGUGGCUGUCCACCCAACACUUCCAUAUGUGCUGUCAUCAUCUGAUGACAUGCUGAUAAAGCUUUGGGACUGGGAGAAAGGUUGGAUGUGUACUCAGAUUUUUGAGGGGCAUUCUCAUUUUGUGAUGCAAGUCACUUUUAAUCCAAAAGACACCAAUACUUUCGCAAGUGCCUCCCUUGAUCGCACGAUAAAGAUCUGGAAUCUUGGUUCACCAGACCCAAAUUUUACAUUAGAUGCUCAUUCCAAGGGAGUAAAUUGUGUUGACUACUUUACUGGUGGGGAUAGGCCUUAUAUAAUUACUGGUUCUGAUGACCAUACUGCAAAGGUCUGGGAUUACCAAACCAAGAGUUGUGUUCAAACGCUGGAAGGCCAUACGGACAAUGUUUCAGCUGUCUCUUUUCAUCCUGAGCUCCCAAUAAUAAUAACAGGUUCUGAAGAUGGAACUGUUAGGAUAUGGCAUGCGACUACUUAUCGCCUCGAGAACACACUAAAUUAUGGUCUUGAACGAGUUUGGGCAGUGGGAUGCAUGAAAGGAUCAAGGAGGGUUGUUAUUGGUUAUGAUGAAGGAACCAUAAUGAUAAAAAUUGGCCGUGAAGUACCAGUUGCUAGUAUGGACAACAGUGGGAAAAUCAUAUGGGCAAAGCAUAAUGAAAUUCAAACUGUAAACAUAAAAACGAUUGGUGCAGACUUUGAGGUGACGGAUGGAGAAAGAUUGCCUUUGGCUGUGAAGGAAUUGGGGAGUUGUGAUCUUUAUCCACAAAGUCUUAAGCACAACCCCAAUGGAAGAUUUGUUGUUGUCUGCGGAGAUGGAGAAUACAUUAUAUAUACUGCUUUGGCAUGGAGAAAUAGAUCAUUUGGCUCUGCCUUGGAAUUUGUCUGGUCAUCUGAUGGAGAGUAUGCAGUUAGGGAAAGUACUUCAAGAAUUAAGAUAUUCAGCAAGAACUUUCAGGAAAGGAAAAGUAUACGCCCUACCUUCUCAGCAGAACGUAUUUUUGGGGGAAGUCUGCUGUCUAUAUGCUCCAAUGAUUUUAUUUGCUUUUAUGAUUGGGCUGAAUGCAGACUAAUUCGGCGGAUUGAUGUGAAUGUCAAAAAUCUUUAUUGGGCUGAUAGCGGUGACCUAGUUUCAAUUGCUAGUGAUACAUCAUUUUACAUCCUGAAGUAUAAUAGAGACACUGUUUUUUCUUGUCUGGAGAGUGGAAAGGCAAUGGAUGAGCAAGGUGUUGAGGAUGCAUUUGAGCUUCUUCAUGAAAUAAAUGAGCGGGUCCGGACAGGACUAUGGGUUGGAGACUGUUUCAUCUACAAUAAUUCAUCUUGGAGAUUAAACUAUUGUAUUGGUGGAGAGGUCACCACUAUGUUCCACCUGGACCGGCCUAUGUACUUGCUCGGAUAUCUUGCUAGUCAAAGUCGGGUGUAUCUUAUUGACAAGGAGUUCAAUGUCAUGGGGUACACCUUACUCCUUAGUUUGAUUGAGUAUAAAACACUUGUGAUGCGUGGGGAUGUGGAGCGUGCAAGUGAAAUUUUACCAUCAAUUCCCAAGGAACAUCAUAAUAGUGUAGCUCAUUUCUUGGAGUCUCGUGGCAUGCUAGAGGAUGCUUUGGAAGUAGCUACUGAUCCAAAUUACAAAUUUGAUCUGGCUAUUCAACUUGGGAGGUUAGAGGUUGCGAAGGCAAUAGCACUUGAAGUGCGAAGUGAAUCUAAAUGGAAACAGUUGGGAGAAUUAGCUAUGUCUACUGGAAAGUUAGAGCUGGCUGAGGAAUGUUUGUCACGUGCAAUGGAUUUGAGUGGAUUAUUGCUUCUUUACUCUGCUCUUGGUGAUGCCAAUGGAAUAACCAAACUUGCAUAUCUUGCUAAAGAGCAAGGGAAAAACAAUGUUUCAUUCCUUUGUCUAUUUUUGCUAGGCAGAUUGGAAGAGUGCCUUCAGCUAUUGGUUGAGAGCAAUCGUUUUCCUGAAGCAGCAUUAAUGGCACGAUCCUACCUGCCAAGCAAAGUCUCUGAGAUUGUUGCAAUUUGGAAAAAUGAUCUGAACAAGGUCAAUCAGAAAGCUGCUGAGUCUUUGGCUGAUCCUGAAGAGUACCCAAAUCUAUUUGAGGACUGGCAGGUUGUUCUUGCCAUCGAGUCUAAUCUUGCCCAUGACAGGGAUGAUUAUCCUCCUGCUCAGGAAUAUUUAAGCUAUGCUGAAAAGUCAAAUAUCAAUCUUGUGGAAGCAUUCAAAGUCAUGCGAGUAGAUGAAGGGAAUUUGCCUCUUGCAAAUGGAGAUUCUGGCCAUGAGGUAGUGGAUGAGAAUAUAGAAGAGGAUGGCCAAUUAGAAGCUGUCGAAGCUGAUGCCAAUGAUUCUACAGAUAAUGCAAUCCUCAUCAAUGGGAAUGAGGGUGGCGAAGAGUUGCUUAAAAAUAUUGAACAAACUCCAUCAGCCCAAGAGCAGUUGGCUUGACAAGUGUAAAAUCCAAGUUUUGUCCUCUGAGCUUACUCUGUAAGGAGCAUACAAGACAACCGGUUGUUUUUUCCUGGUUGCCAAGUGGAACCCACGUUGGUAAACAUCCUUUGACCGUCUCAUCAUUCAUUGCAAGUCCUUGGCUGAAAGAAAUCUCUGGUCGGUAUGAAUAGGUAUUUUGCUGAUUGGUGUAUUAUCAGAAAGCUUCUUCAUUGUACCAUUGGAAAGGUAGGAAUAUAGUGAGAGAUAGAGCAUUUUCAUUGAAUUUUUUAUUCAUUGGUGGAAGAGGUAGAAUUGAAUGCCACAGGCAGUUAUUUUUGGUUGUUCAAAAUUAGUAAUAAUUAUAUAUAUGGGUAUAGCUGUUGCACAGGUGAUUUAUAGUUGUUCCAACUUAGUAACUUCAUAUUUGAGUGUAGCUAUUACUUGGGUGUUCGUUCA